GUCACCCGGUACACAGCGUGGCUUACAACGGCAUUAACGGCAUCAUCUACAACAGCACCAUCCUGGCAACUGGCUGCUUCUCUGCCAGAGAACUCUGGAGACUCUCCAAAACUUCCAUAAUGGCCAUGGGAAGUGGUGGCACAGGUGUCAACACCAUCAAGAUGGAAAAUCCAACAUAUUACACAACUUAUACAUCCCCUGUACCUGACCACACGCUCAUGGCUGGGGCGUACAGCACGUACAUGGAACGAGCCGACAGUCCACUUUCUAUGGGGCGAACGCAUGAUCCACAUUCUCCAAUGGAGCCUCGUAGCAAAAGAGUCCGUCGUCUGAGUUCAGAGGAAGACACACUGGAUAAGGCAGAGUUGGCUUACUACACACAGUCUCCUGCAUCUCUAUCAUCACACACUUCUUCAUGGCACUCUGAUAUCGACCACGGUCCCCCAUCAGUGCACUCGCCUCACCUGGUGCACAGUGGUGGUAAAGUAACAAUAACAACAUCAGGUGCGCUACAGCCUGUAGUUAGAGCGCCAUCUAUAGAGUCUCUAUCUAGUCACGAACAACACACACGUGCAGUUGUCUCGCCACACCCACGAGAAGUGUUGCCGCCCAUGUCACUAAGCAGUACAGUCAUGGCUGCAGCACCAAGCUAUUACCACGAAGCAGGUCCACCCUCGCCCACUAAAUACCAUGAAAACGGCCACGAUACCUUCUCCGAUUUUGUCACACUUGUCUGUCAGGAAGCACAGAACACACAGCAUUCUCAGCAAGCAUCCCCGCCUGGUGUAUCUCGGAGCCCAACCAAAAUCCAAGGCGGCUACUACACCACAGGCUCUAUGCUGCCACCACCACCACCACCGCCCAUGGCAAGACCUGUAGCAAUCAUCAGAUCCACAGCUGAUUUGGCACACAGUGGCAGUGUGUCACCCGGCCCAGUGUCACCUCCACAUUCCUCAAGCGGGAGUGGUAAUGGUGGACCAAUCCUGCCUGAUGUGUCCCCUCCUGACCGCAGAGAUGACGGCCUUAGUCCACCACCCCCAGCGACAUCUGCGCCGCCAGUCUCGCAGAUGUUUGUGUGUGGCGCUAGCUUUGGAGGUGUGCGUAUGUAUCAACAGGACGGUCCACUUCGGUUAGCCAUCACCAGCCGCCAUGAUCCUCCCUCCCAUCCCCCUCACCACCAACACCAUCACCAGCACGGCCAGCUGUUUACUUAUUCAAGUAUGAGUCCAGUAAGUGCCAUGUCAGGGGUCAUCUCUCCCACAAGUAUGAGCCUGUUCACCUCUCCUGGUACCACGCCGCGCACCACCCCACGAUCCACGCCGCCUGUGCCACGUUGGAAUACUCCCUUUAUCAACUUAGAUGAAACCAUGGACUAUACAACUAUGUCAACUCUAAUGCCAACUUUGCCAGCUGAUGCCACCUCUGCUCAGCUUAUAGAAGAUGAGCGGUAUUUUACCACAGUUGUUCAUACGGGAGAUGCAAGUGCAUCGGCUGGGGGACAAGCAGCAGCCUCGAGCGGCUCAGGUCCUCCAUCUGAUCUAGACACCAGUCCAGGUGGUCAUCCUGGUGCCCCUCACACACCCACCAAGACACAAUCCUCAUAACCAGGCCAGAUAAUAGCACAGAAUGGGUCGUCUCAUACCUCGGGAACAGUUGGGUCUGAUCUAAGCUGGUAAUAGGUGAUAGUGAGCUAGAUAAAAAUUAUAUUGAGUGAAGAGUGUUUAUAAAAUGGAAGUGUGGAAAAGGUUCAUGUGCCAAAUAUAAACUAAAAUGAAACUAUUUAAGACAGACACUUAAGAGUAACCCUUUACUUGCCGUCAGUUUAUCGUUUGUAGACUUGCAUCUAUAACAGGCAUACUCAUCCUAGAUCUGCAUGGUAAAGCUCAUGCAUGAUUUUAGGUUUCAUAGCCAGCAUAGUGUAAGUGAAAAUAUGAAGUGGACACCAGACAUGUAUUAAUUGAAUCACAGUGCCAGCAAAGCAACAUGCAAUAAGUAAUGUAAGUGCUUAAUAGCUUUUUGCAGAGUGAGUAGAGUUCAUGGUUGUGCAUUUUUUUAGUAUGUGAACAGUUCUUCCCGUUUAUUUUACAUCUGUAUCUAGUUAACCCACUGAUGGUAAAAUUGGAUCAGAUAAGUCUUCUGCUGUGAGCUCCUGCCAGUUGGACCAAAGUCAGAUGUGUUCAGAAAAAAAUAGGCCUUUUUCUGGAGAGUACCUAAUUACUUUGUGCACAGCCAAGGUUUCUUCAAAGAGGUGCUGAAAUUAAGUGUCCUCCAUAAGAGGUCAUUCUAAGUGGUGCAGAGUUACACCCAGUGCUCACAUUAUUUAUGGAGUAAAGAGUGAAGUUGUGCUCAGGUUAUUCAAGGGAGUACAAAAUCAUUCACAACUCACAAGGUCAUUCUAGGUGAACAAAUUUAUUCAGUGUGCAGAGUUGUCAUUUAAAAACAAUUAUUAAAUCCUGGUUUCAUAGGGGUUAUUUGUUUCAUGUUAUUUCUGGAUGCAUAUCUAGUAUCCAAGUCUUCAUGCAAUUUAGGGCUGUUGAAGUACCUGGGCCUUGUGCAAUGCCAAAAUUGUAAAAAGUUUAGUGUUAUACCCCAUAAUGUGUUUGUGUCGGGUCCUGUAGCUUUUUGAGUUUCUUUAAUGUGAAGUUCUUGAAAUUACAGCCCUGUCAACCUGUCAUAUCUUCUUUAUAGUUUUUAAUUUGUAUAGUUUACAAUUUUUGUUCAUAAUUUUUAGUUUCAGGACUGGCCCUUCUAUUAUAUUCUUGUUUAAGGAAUAGUUUUGUCAAGUUAAUGUAUAACAAGUAAUCAAAUUUUAAACAAUAUUUACUUUCCUUGAGGCUGAUGAAUGAUGCUAGAAAUAAUGUGUAAGAUUUGACCUACAUUACCUGAGCUACUUUCAAAAUAAAAAAACUUCUCUGAAGCCUUGCCUUUUAGAUUAUAAAUAACAUAGCAAUACUGAAUUGUAAAUGUGCUAUUAGUGUAAAUAACCUCAUUUUUGGUGCCAUAGAUGUAUUGGUUAGGGAAAGAGUGAGCAUGAAGACGGCUUUGCCAUCUCUCCACGCCAAGAGCACUGGUCCCGUAUGUCCUAGUCACUCUGGCUGUGAGUUAGGGAUAGCUCAAAUUCAUGUGCCAAAACCCAUGUCCAAAAUGCUAGGGGGUGUACCACAAAUUCUUAAACUAGAGCCAAGUACAUGUGGCUGACAUGGAUUGCCUCAUAUGUAGAAGAAAGUUACAAUUUAAAUUCGGUGUUUUGUAAAUGAAUACAAACACUGAAGAAACUGGAUUUUGGUUCUACAUAGAUGGAUCUUCAGUUAGCUGGGAAAACUUGGUUACUGUACAUUAUGCAAACACUGGGUGCCGCCACAGUUGUGUAGCUCUGCGUGUUCUAGUUCCGUGCCUAGAGUGAUGCCUGCUAGUAUUUAGAUGUACGCAUGCUGUGAUACAUCAGGUAAUCGUAGAGUUUGUAGAACCAUGACUUCCUGCGCAUAGAUAGGCCAUUUUUACAGAGCAAGAGUUAGUAAGGUAGCAUGUGGCAAGUGUUCAAGAAUUUUGUGAAGCACAAACAUUGCUUGCACAAUAAAAUUCAGAGAAUAAAUUAUAUAUAUACUCUAUGUACUUUGUUUGAUACAUAAUAAAACCAUUAUACAUUAUUUUUUAUUUGUUUGAUAAUGCAAGUGUGUAGUGUGCUACACAGAGCUAGAACUGUUGCCUUUGUAGCUGUAAGUGCAAGCACAUAAGAUUCUUGCAAAAAGAGGUUUGCAUUUGUGGUAAUUAUUGAAGAAACAUGUUAUUUCAAUAAUCACACUUUUUGAUUAUGCAAAUAAUAAAAAGUCUUUCAUAGUAAUCAUUUCAUCCAUAGAAUGUUCAAAAUAACAAUUUGAUAAUUCUCACCUAAGCAGCCUCAGUCGUCUGGGCAUCCACACUACCAAAAUGAACUUGAGACUUCAAAGUUGCAAAUUUAAUACCUUAAAUAAUUGUGAUGUGGACAGCAGUUAUGAAUGUAGAUGAUUCGUCAAUAAGGUUUUGCAAAAAAAUAAUAAAAUAAAUAAAAAAUAAAUUAUAGCAGGCUCAUUGAAAUCAUCUUAAAAGUUUUCUUAUUGCUGGCCACUUUGCCAUGUAAGAUGAGUCUUUUGUGAGCCUUAGAUACAGUAUAAAUACUUGCCCAGUGUCUAAUUUAUUGCAUAAUAUUUAAUACCUUCAAGAUGAAGGCUUUGAUUCAGGUUAUGGUGGUAUGGUGCAUUAUAUUAUAACAUCUGCUAAAUAAGAGUAAUUUUGUAUACUAAUAUAUUUAGAGAGCCUAAAUAAUAAUGUAUGAUUUAGCUAUUGUACCCAUCCAUGUCUCAAAUGAACUUACUAUUUAAGGAAUAUAAAAGAUCAUAGUUAUUAGAUGGUGGUUAAGAUAUUCUUCAUGCAAAUGGAGAACUAUAGUUGCUGAAGUUUCUUCCGAUAAGUCCUGACAUAUUAUUAGACCAAACAUGAUCACGGCCAAUUGUGUACCAAUACACCACACCGUCCCAUUCUUCAUCACUAUGCAAAGGGGAAAGAAGAUCGAUUUUUGUUUAUUAUAAAUGUCUUCCUUUACUAGGACUAAUUGCCACUAGCAAGUAUUCAGUAAUAUUACGUAGAUCCUGUGUAACAUGGCUUUUAGGCCCUUGUUACCUUCAGUCUUGUGUAACAUGGCUUUUAGGCCCUUGUUACCUUCAGUCUUGUGUAACAUGGCUUUUAGGCCCUUGUUACCUUCAGUCUUGCGUAACAUGGCUUUUAGGCCCUUGUUACCUUCAGUUUUGCGUAACAUGGCUUUUAGGCCCUUGUUACCUUCAGUCUUGUGUAACAUGGCUUUUAGGCCCUUGUUACCUUCAGUCUUGCGUAACAUGGCUUUUAGGCCCUUGUUACCUUCAGUUUUGCGUAACAUGGCUUUUAGGCCCUUGUUACCUUCAGUCUUGCGUAACAUGGCUUUUAGGCCCUUGUUACCUUCAGUCUUUCUGCUAAUUGGUAUUUUGAAUGGUGUUAAGGCAUGUAUUAAUAUAAUUAUUAUUUGUUAUCUCUAUUAGUCACGCCAGUUAUGAUAUUAAAUUUUGUGAUAAUUGCGCUUGUUUAAGUACUGUACGUGUAAAUUUAUUAUUUAUUGCAGUACUUUUGUACCGAUGUUAGAAAUGCUGCACGUGAUUAGUGGCUUUAUAAAAAAAUACAAAUAUCUAUUAUGAAAUCACUGUAAUCAGAUCCUCUGUAAUUUGUUUAAAUAAAAUAUUAUCAGCACCAUCAUAUUAUGAUGGCUCUGCAUUCACAAUUUGACAUUAGGUAAAUGUACACAUUACUGCUUUUAACACUUGUUGAAGUACAGUAUAUUAAAUAAUGAACCUCAUGUGGCCCAGAUAACCAUAUAUAGCACAAUUUGAUUGCUGUGUUCAAGUAUAAAAUCCUUAUGGCGCAAGAUAUAAAUGUCAGUGCAGUUGAAAUCAAAGUUGACAUGCACAAAUAUUUUAGUUACUGCAUAAUUCAUAUUUUGGUGUACUGUACAAAGAUUGAUGUAAAAAUGCAUAUGGAAAAAAUAUUGACAUUCUGACAAUGGUGUAUAACAUGGCCGCUCCCCCUCGCCACAUGGGAGGUCCCGGGCCUUGACAAGCUUGUCGAGCUGUCUGUACACACUCGUGCCUACGUUGCCAAGCCUCGUCUUUGGACUGAGCAGGUCUCUUGUUCCUUAAGAGUAUAAGGAAAUACUAACUGCACUCCCAUAUUGAGGCAAGAAGCAAAACUAAUGAGAACAUCAGAGAGGUUGGUUUAUAGUAAUUACCUCCUAGACAGUACACCUUCCAUCUCGGAUGAAAUUCCAAAUGAGGGCAUUUGUGUAUUUAUUUCCUUAACUUCUAAAUGGAAAAAAAAUUGCAUUAAGAUUAGUAUUUUGCUGCUGCUAUAGAAUUUUUAUACUGUUAUUCUAUUUUAUAUAAUAUACAAAUUACAAAGCUGACUGGAAUGGACAGUUAAAUACUAAUGUAUUUGUACAGAUCAGUGUCAAUGUUUUUGAAUUACGAGAUGGUUAAUAUACAGGUUAGCCAUGUGUGGUCAAUAUUGUUCAAUACUUUGUAUAUAAUUAGCAUUUGCCUUCAAUGAGGUUAAAAGCAUAUAUAAUCAUAUUUGCAGACCUUAUCAUGUUUGGCCCAACAAUAUGAAAAUGCAUAUAUAUAUUUUAUGAUAUUUCUGCUUGUUAUUUGGAUAAUUUUGAUAGCCAGUGUUUGGCUACAACCAGCAAUAAGCUACCUCUUCAAAGAAACAUAAGCAUAAAUUGUACAGAAAUUGUUACAAUUAUUGUAGUUAAGCAACUAUAGCAAUACAGACAUGAGACUAUUAAUCUGUCGUGUUGUGUUCGUUCUGCUGUGAGAACUCUUAAGUGUGGGCAAUGAUCUCUUCCACUUCUGGAUCUCUGUGCCAAUCCUUAAUAAUGAGAACUGUGGUGCAAUAUUUACUGGUUUCAUACCAACUCUGUUUGGUAAUGAUUUGGAUGGGCGUGUUGUGCACAUUGUUACUCUCUUCACCGUCGAAGCUCAGUAUGGUCUGUGAGUAGAAAUAUCUUAGAAUUAUGAGGAAGAGUAAUAUAUUGUAUUUUAUUCUCUUGUUUAUAGAUGCCUAUUGUUUUAUAUUGUAUAUUAUUUUCCCUUUAAUAAUUUAAAAUUUAUUUUAUUUGUUGACUUCCCAUUUUCAUUAGUUAUAUAUUACGUUAUCUUUCUGCAUGUUUGUUGUCGCCUUCUGACAAAGCUGCCCCUGACAACACUCUGGAGGUUGUGGUUUCCCUGCCAAAGCUUAACAUCAUAAUAUAUAUUACAUUGCCUCACAGUUUCACUCUGUGAGACAAGUCUGUAUAGAUGCACAUUACUUCUCCAUAAUGGACACAUUUUGCUACAUGCAUGUAAUGAGUUGCACAUGUUGAGUUCAACUCAUUCUAAAUGGAGUCCUUUAUGGUAUAAUGAAUACUCAUUAUAAUAUAUAUAUAUUGUGCAUGUAAUUAUGACAUUUGAUGUAGUCUAAGAGUUCAAGGAAUCUCAUUCUCCAUAAUGAAAUUAAGAGAGAUGUUUUGAAGUAGUUUUCUAUGCAAUUUUACAACGAAACUGAAGAUAUUUUACACUGGUCUCAAUGAAUUAGUGGCUGCUGGCAGAACAAGGACUCUGGAAAACAUGAAGUUUGUGUAAAGCAGAGGACAUGAGUAUGACUAUUUUAUCCAGAAUUUCUUUUUACGAGUGUAGAGUAACAUUGCUAGACAAGGUUCUGCGUGGUGUGCUGGCCUAGCCAAUGUGUGACGUAUGGUGACUGGUACAAAAACGUAAUUAUUUCUCACAAUAGUUAUUAUUUUACAAAUCAAAAUAGUCACAAUAAGCAAAUCAGAGAGAUGGACAGCAAUAAUAAGCAAGUGAUAAAGCGUUUCAUUGUUGAUGUUGAUGUUGAUGACAAUAAAGGGAAGGUUUGAUAGUGUCUGUGUUCCUGUGGUUAUAAGUUAGGGAAAAAUGACUAAAUAGUUAACAAUACCGCUCAACAGCACUGUACAUAAAGCUUCACAGUGGGAUGCAAGUUGCCUCCUUUGGAAAAAAACAUUUUUUAUAGUAUUUAUAGAUCCAUUUGUAAUGUAGACAUGCAAAUGUUUUGCGUACUAAUUUGUACCUACUACAGUACGUACCUAGCUAUGCAACAUGAAAGGUUCUAGCUACUGUAGCACACCUGAUACUUUUCUCUUGUUUGCUCUAUACAGCUGGCAAUAUAUAAAUAUAUUGGUUGAUAUCAAUAAUUAAAAUGUCUUUGGUUGAAAUUCACCAAGUAUGAUACCUGUAUGUUAUAAGUAAAUUGCUAGUCUUAGCCUCAUUCUCUAGUAUCAAACUCUGGGAGCUGAAGGAGUGUCAUACAAUUUGAUGUGAAAUUUCAACAUAUUCACCUAUAACAAAGCUCAGAGUUUGAAAUGCAAUGAAUGUUGGCUAUAUUUGCUGUCGGCUGUUGUGAGAUGCUAGGAGGAAGUUACUCAAUAGUGCUGCCCGUCCGCCAAAUCUGUCGAGUGAUUCUCCAUUUUGAGGUUAAACUGUAUUGUGGUAAGUUUCUUUUCACCCCCUGUGAGAUGCACUGUUCCUACAGCACAAAUGGAAAUAAAACCUAUCACAAGCUACAGUCACCUCUAUUAGAAUGUCACUUUACAAAUGCAGAGCUCGUCUUCCUUGUAAUAUGAAGGAAAUGUAAAAGUUAGCCUGAAGCAAUAUUUUGUUCUUGUUAUCGCUUGUGAACUUAAUUAAGUUAGUCGCCUGAGGUGUGCGGCCACGUUGACUGUAUAUAGAAAGAAUUAUGAUGUACAGGUUUAUUUUCUUUAGUUAAGUCAAGAUGUAACAUGUAUUUCCUCUGUUAUCCUUGUUUGUGGGUCUGUUUCUCCCUCUACUGUUGAUUUUAGGUAAUACUAUAGACUAGCCCACAGAGGAGGGGCUGUUUGGUGGGCUGUACCUCUGUCUAAAUCUUGUAAAAUAAUAAAAUUUGUGUAAAGACAUGCUAUAAUUGGCCAAAUACCUGUUCUCAGAACUGUAAAUUGAUGGAUAUUUAAUUCUAGGAAAUGCUAAUAAACAGUGGCUGCUACCAUAGAACACAACGGUCAUUUUGAUAUCCGAAAAAACAUCACUUUGCACUACAGAGGAGACUGAAGCCACCAACUGUUUCAUGUUCAGUAAUCUACCCAGCGUAUGGAGUCUUGCUUGUUGUAUCCAUCAUUUAUAACUUAAAACAAAAAAAGGAUAUUCUCAAGCAAGUUUCCUGGCCUUUCAAUGGGUAGAGUCUUUUGUUGUGUAGAUAAGUCAAUGCCUGACAUUGACAGACUUGUAUUGUGACAAUACAAUGCAUUAUAUCUAAAGUGGAAGUCAUUUGUUACUGCAUUGUCCAGUUUUGAUAGAAAUAACCUGUUGGCUUUAGUUAAAUAUUUGCUAAAUAAGUAUGUUCUGUAAGAGUGAAGUAUUGUAUAAGUAAGUUAUGGUGUUAAAAAGUUAAAAGAUGAGUUUGUAAAGAAUAUUCUAAUUGUAAUAAUUAUACCCAGUUUAAGUUAGACACAAGUUACUAUACCCUCAAACUUUACUAUACUCUGUGAAUAUAAGACCCUCUUAUUAGGGCAUGUGAGCACUUAGCGGUACUUUAAGAAGUAAUCUGGCUGCCUUGAUGUUUAACAGUUACAUCUUACUGAUACACGCUCGCAUUAUUCCUUUCCAAACGUUAUCACUUAGCAACUACCGGUACGAGUAGGCAGCCUGGAAAUUAGUCAACGGAUUUACAAAUUUUAUCUCGCGGCUGUACAAAUUUCUGUUGUAUAAAAAGAAGACAUAAGAAUUAUUUUAAAGUAAAAAAGUAUUGUACAUGGUGGAACUCUGUAGAAAACAAUACAUAUGCAUUGAUAACCAAAUAAAAACCAUUGAGUCAUUAGGUAAAUUUCCACUGGAGUAUAGGUGAAACAAGUCAAAACAUAUACAGUAUAUACCAUUCAUUAUAGGUUUUGGGAAUAAACAAAUGGUAUUCAAAGUAUCAGGGGAAAGGAAAUAAGUCUUUAAGAACUCCAUGUCUUGCAGUUUGGUAUCAAUGAAUAAUUAUAAAAUCAUUGGCGCAUCUUACAGUUGUGUUUAUCAUUUUAACUCGGGACGCAGAUUUCACCUGUGCUCGUAAGUCAGUUUCAGUCAUCAACUUGUAUUGUACUUCCAGUGCAUCAUUACUGAGAUGAUUUCGUCAGCUAAACAAGAAUUUGUUUAAUACGUUGGAAAAGAGAGAAACCAACACACUAUGAUUGUUAGCAUUCAUACAAAUCCAUUAUGCGGUGAGAAUAUUUGUAAUUAAUUGCUUAUUUAAGUUCUUCUUAGUUAAUUUAUUAUUAACAAAGCCAGAACAAAAUUGUUCUCACUUGAUAGUCCACUGAAAGUGUUAGCAGGUGGAAUGAUAGUACUGUACACUGUAAACGUCAGCAGUUGGAAUGACAGUACACUGUAAGCAUCAGCAGUUGGAAUGACAGUACACUGUAAGCAUCAGCAGGUGGAAUGACAGUACACUGUAAGCAUCAGCAGGUGGAAUGACAGUACACUGUAAGCAUCAGCAGGUGGAAUGACAGUACACUAAGCAUCAGCAGGUGGAAUGACAGUACACUAAGCAUCAGCAGGUGGAAUGACAGUACACUAAGCAUCAGCAGGUGGAAUGACAGUACACUAAGCAUCAGCAGGUGGAAUGACAGUACACUGUAAGCAUCAGCAGGUGGAAUGACAGUACACUGUAAGCAUCAGCAGGUGGAAUGACAGUACACUAAGCAUCAGCAGGUGGAAUGACAG